AGGCCGGGCGCCAGCCGGGGCAGCGGGCGGCGGCGGCGCGCGCCAUGUCGUUCAGUGAGAUGAACCGCAGGACGCUGGCGUUCCGAGGAGGCGGGUUGGUCACCGCCGGCGGCGGCUCCGCGAACAAUAACGCUGGCGGGGAGGCCUCGGCUUGGCCUCAGCCGCGACAGCCCGCGCCGCCCGCGCCCCCGCAGCCCAAUGGGCGGGGGGCCGACGAGGAAAUGGAAUUGGAGGGCCUGGAGCCCCAGGACGUGGAGGCCUCCGCCGAGGCCGGCGCCGCCGAGGAGCCCAAGGAGUUGCUGCUCCCCCAGGACGCGGGCGGCCCCACCUCGCUGGGCGGCGGCGGCGCGGGGGGCCCCCUGCUAGCGGAAAGGAACCGUCGGACUCUGGCCUUCCGAGGAGGCGGUGGCGGGGGUCUCGGCAACAAUGGCAGCGGCCGCGGCCGGCCCGGGACCUCGGCGUGGCCCCUGAGGCAUUUCAAUGGGCGAGGGCCGGCGGCCGUGGAUCUGGAACUGGACUCGCUGGAGACCAAGGAGUUGAUGCAGGACGGCGCGUCCCAGAGCGACAACACGGAGGACGAGGAGGAGGGGGCGAGCCCGGGCGACGGCAGCGGGGCGGAAGGCGGCAGCUGCGGCCACAGCAGGCGGCCGGGCGGCGAUGGCGGGGACGAAGUGGAGGGCGGCGGAGCGGGAGCCGGCGAAGGGGAGCCUGCGCAGCUCCUGGCGCUCGCCCGGCCCAAGACCCUAAUGCAGAAGCUCCAGUGCUCCUUCCAGACCUCCUGGCUCAAGGACUUUCCCUGGCUGCGCUAUUCCGAUGAUACUGGCCUUAUGUUUUGCGGCUGGUGCCAAAAGACCCCUGAGGAUGGAGGGAACGUGGACCUUCCCCAGGUGGGGCACGAUGAGCUUUCGCGAGGGACCCGCACCUACAAGAAAACCCUGCUCCUGAGGCACCACGUCUCUGCGGAGCACAAACUCCACGAAGCCAACGCCCAGGAAUUAGAAAUACCAGCAGAGGAGGGGUACUGUGACUUCAAUAGCAGGCCAAAUGAGAACUCUUAUUGCUAUCAACUUCUUCGACAACUAGAUGAACAGAGAAAAAAAGAUAUUCUUUGUGAUGUCAGCAUUGUGGUGAAUGGGAAAAUCUUUAAAGCCCACAAGAACAUCCUGGUUGCAGGCAGCCGUUUCUUUAAGACUUUAUAUUGUGUCUCAAACAAAGACAGCCCUAACCAAAAUAAUACUACCCAUUUAGAUAUUGCUUUAGUUCAAGGUUUUUCAGUCAUCUUGGACUUCUUGUAUUCUGGUAACCUGGUGCUCACUAGCCAAAAUGCCAUUGAAGUGAUGACAGUGGCCAGCUACCUUCAGAUGAGUGAAGUUGUUCAUACUUGCCGAAAUUUCAUUAGAGAUGCCUUAAAUAUAAGCAUGAAAUCAGAAGCUCCAGAGUCUGUGGUUGUGGACUAUAAUAAUAGAAAAUCAAUCAAUACAGAUGGUCUGUCUUCAUCGCGGGAUCAAAAAAUUGCCAGCUUUUGGGCAACACACAAUCUUACCAAUUUGGCAAGUAAUAUAAAAAUGGAAAAUGAUGAUUCUAAUGUCAACGAGGGCCAAAUGGAUACCUUCCAAGUGAGUGACAGUAAUUGGACCCAGCACGGUUCUCCUGAAUUGGCUGAAAAUGAGUCUCCAGGUCAAGCAAAAGUGUUUAUUUGGAAUAAUAUAGGUUCCCAGGGAAUUCAAGAGACCGGCAAAACAAGGAGGAAAAACCAAACUACAAAGAGAUUUGUUUAUAAUACACCACCUAAUAAUGAAACGAAUUUAGAAGAUUCCUCAGUGAUACAGCCACCUGUUGCCCAUCCAGAGGAGAAUAAGACCCUAAACAUCAAGCAGGAAUCAGAUUUGGAUGGUGCUGUAUUCUCAGGGCCAGAUGGUGUAAAUGCAAGUCUGUUGGCUGAAGCCUGGUGUGCUCAGGAUGGAGGCGAUGCUGGUACUUCACAUGAUUUCAAAUACAGUUUGAUACCUGGCUUGUCAAGUGAUUUCAAGUAUGGAUUACUACCAGGUACUUCAAGUGAUUUCAAGUAUGGGUUGCUACCAGGUGCUUCAAAUGAUUUCAAGUAUGGAUUAUUGCCAGAAUCUUGGCCAAAACAAGAAACUUGGGAAAAUGGUGAAUCAUCUCUAAUCAUGGUGAACAAGUUAAAAUGCCCUCAUUGUAACUAUGUAGCCAAAUACAGAAGAACACUAAAAAGGCACUUGCUCAUUCAUACGGGAGUGAGAUCAUUUAGCUGUGAUAUUUGUGGGAAGCUGUUUACUCGAAGAGAACAUGUAAAAAGACAUUCCUUGGUGCAUACAAAGGAUAAAAAAUACAAAUGUAUGGUGUGUAAGAAGAUCUUCAUGUUAGCAGCCAGUGUUGGAAUAAGACAUGGAUCUCGUCGCUAUGGUGUUUGUGUAGACUGUGCAGAUAAAUCACAACCAGGAGGGCAAGAAGGUGUAGAUCAGGGACAGGAUGCAGAAUUCCCUCGGGAUGAAGAAUAUGAGGAGAAUGAAGUACGAGAAGCUGAUGAAGAGCUGGUUGAUGAUGGAGAAGAUCAGAAUGACCCACCUCGAUGGGAUGAAUCAGGAGAUGUCUGUAUGCCCCUGGAUGAUUAACUGACCUACUAUACUCCUCAAGGAUGCUGCAUUUGGACAUAAUAUGAAUCGACAAUUUGGAUUGUUGAACUUGAAGGCUUGCAAAAUAUGGUACAUGCUGGAUGGUAGUUAUGUUGCUGUGAAAACUGUAGGGUCAAAGCCUUAUAGCAAAAAAAAUUUUUUUUAUAUUUGCACAGGACUAUUCAGCAAACAACCAUGUGGUUGCUUACAUGGAGUCCCCACAUAUUCAGUCAGUUAUCAAAGUAAAAUAUUUUUUAUUUAUAGGAUAUACAGUAACUAUUUGGGUCCUAUGAAUAUAUAGUACCUGUCUUUAAUAGCUUAUAUUCAUGUGCCACUUUAACAUGAAUGAAGAAAAUUCAUUUGUAGAAGUACAGUGACAGUUGACCCAAUCACUCUGUCCAUCAAACCACUCAGGCUAGUUUGUACUAGUAGAGUUUUGUUUCUAUUUUUAUUUUUAUUAAUUUUAUUUUUUGUAAUACAGAUUUUUCAGUGAGGGGCUUUUUCAACCCCAUUGGUUCUAUUUUCUUGUAUUUUUCCAUUUUAAUUUGCCUCAUAACUUAAAAACAAAAUCUCCUAGUUUUAGGUAUUUCUCAAUUUUGUGCUGAUGGGCAUGUGUAUGAGAACUGGAGAGGUAAUUUAUUGGAAUGAACUGACUUUCCCCAGCCCCUUCCCUUUGCUGACAUGAAUUUUAUAAAUGAAGAAUGAUGUUGCGAAGUUAAUGUGGCAAAGCUGACAAAGACCACUAAAAUGAUUAUGAUUUAGAAGUAACUUUCUCCUGCUGCUCUAAUCUGAUAAAUGGUUACUAUAUAAUGUUUUUUUUUUUUUUUGUUUUUUUUGUUUUGUUUUGUUUUUUUUUAAAUGUGGUAUUUGGUUUUUGGGUAUCUGUUACUUUGGCACUAUUCUUGUUUGCCUCUUAUUUUUACCAGUGUACUAUACCUCAGCCUUAUUUGAGAGACAAAAAACGGAUUAAAAAGUCAUAGAAACAAGAAUGAUUUGUUUCAUAAUUUAUCUUCUAUGUCCAGUUUGGUUAGCUUGUUAUGCAGUAUAAGUGAAAUAUCAGGUUUCUAUUCCUGUGCCCUUUUUAUCAUUAAAAUUAACACAAAAUGUACAUUUUCUUUUGUUUCAUACUUACUGGGAUAAUUGGGUUUUUGAAAUUAUUGUUGAUUUAUCACACUAAUUUAUUUUCCCAUCCGUAAAGUCACUAUAUCUUGAAAUAGUCUUUCUGUAGUCACGAUGUUGAUUUAAUAGUCUGAAAAAAUUAUGAAAAAAUCUUACAAAUAAAUUGUUGAGAGGCUUUAUUAACUAAAAUUUUCCGGGUACAAAAGGUGGUGUAUUAAGUUUAUUGUUAGAUUUAUUUAGAUGAUGAAUUAGCUGAUUGUGGAACUCAGCAGCAUUUCAUGUAUUAAUGUGGAGAACAUUUAUUGGGAACAUUGUAUAUUAUAUAAGAUGGAGGAACAUCAUAUUUUCAGCUUUCUUUAAAAUAAAAAUCAAGUAUAUUUUCCUAUUUUAUAUCAGGUAACUAAAUUAUGCUAGUUGUGUGGGGGAUAUUGCAGAUACUUUGACAGAUGACAAUCCUUUUGGUGCUCCAUCUGGUCAGAGUUGAGAAGUUGCUUUUAACAAGAUGUAUCAGUUUCUCUGAUUUCACUAGAGUAAAGAUUUAAUGUCAGGCAGUGAAAUCUCUGCUUGGCUGAAUCAAAGAACAGAACCAGUUCCACGGUUAGUUGUACCUUUUGUCAUCCAGACUUUCUUGUAGUUUCUACAUAACUAAGCCUGACAAAUGAAUAGUUUUGGAUUGAUUUUUGCUUAAAACUGAAGACCACAUCUUGUUCUCGAUGUUCUAGAGAAAUGAGUAACAUGUAAUACUAGUGAGAUCCAAGAUAGAAAUUAGUUAGGCAAAGAUAUGAUGAGUGAAAAAGUAUUUUACGCAUAAAAUGUCCUGCUUUGUGAAUAUGUAAGUAUAGUAUAAAGAUUUCUCUCAUCCUUUUUAUCCCCUUUAAACCAUAGUUUACAAUUGGUAGAUCUGUCUAUAUAAAUAUAUAUUAAAGAACAAAGAUAUAUAUCUAAAAAAUCACCUAAAUCUGCUUUAUUAGAUUAUAGUUCACUUAUGGCAUAGAAACUGGACUUGGCUUUACAUUCUUAAUGUAUUUUUACUUUUCCUCAAGAUAACGUAUUCUCUUGAAACUGAAUUUUCUUUUAUUAAAUCAUAUUUGUAUAUCUGGUAAAUUAUGACCAAAUUUUUGUUAGGUUGCAUAAAUUGAAAUACACACUUGGUACACUACAGGAUUGUUGUGCUUUUGUUUUGAUUUUAGUUGGAAAGGUUUGCUGUAGGUAGCUUGUUACUGUUAAUUUAAAAUCUAUAAUUAUCCAUUAAUUUUUAAUGUUGUAUUGUGACAGAUUUGGCUAUAUUUUUUAGUCAUCUGACAUAUGAUAUUUUAAAAGUUUGUUUUUAGGUAAUCCAAAGGAAAAAUGUUUAUACUGCUUGAAUAUAUUAGCCUCAGCCUAUAUAAAAAUUACUUUGAGUAAACAUUUUACCAGAAACAGAAUCUACAGAUAUUUUCUACUUGCUGACUGCCUAACUUAUUUUGUUUCAUGAUCUUGAGGGACUGCCUAUUUCCCUUUUGGAUCUUUUUUUUUUUU